AUGAGCCUUCCUGCAUCACAGAUCUGUGUAAGCAUUGAUGCACAGUUCCACCGCCCUUGGUCUUCUCAUGGUGUGAUGGCAGGUCCGGGCUCAGGUGUCGAAGGGCGGACCAGACCUGGCUUCAAGUGGAAAAGUGCAAGGAAUACAGCACCUUCUGGCAGCGAUGCAGCCAAACCCACGCAGCAGCCUGGCCAAGAGAGUGCAGCAGAAGAGGCCGAGAUGCCACACCUGCUGCCCACUCAGGCUCCGGAAGUCCCAGUUCAGGCUGCUUUUGCCAACGGAGAGAUGGUGGAGAUCAUAGGCUUGCAGGGUGCACUAGACCUGAACGGACGAGUGGGCAUCGUGCGCGAGUUUGAUCCUGCCUCGAGGAGGCACAGAGUGGAGCUUCUUGAAGAAGAUGGAAGUGUGCGACAAGUCCGCGUGAGGCCAACAAACUUGGACUUGCUGAGCGCGGAAGAGUUCAUGCCUUCGCGAGCAUCCAUGCAAGAGCCGCCGAAGAUCAGCAAGGAUCCUGCAAAGCCUGCAACGCUGCGCCCUUCGCAGCCAGUUCGGACGUCCCGUGAAGAGCCAGAAAUGGCUGUGGCGCUUGCGACCGCCGUCAAUCAGUGUGAUCUGUUUCAGGUCCAGGCAUUGCUGCGUGACAGAGCUGACCCGAAUGGCCACUCACAGUCACCCGGCAUGUCGUUGCUGCUCGAAGCUGCUGCAAAGACUGCUGCGCAGAGCCUUGACCUGGCUGCACUCCUGCUGGGAUACAAUGCCGACCCUGAUGCUGUGCUGGAUCGUCCUCGAACCGCCAAGGCGGUCCGGUCAGAGACAGAGGUGGAGACACUUUGCCAAAUCUUUCGCAGCAAAAGCGCGUCCACGGAAGAGGAGCGUACCAUCCUGUCCAAGCUUGAUGCUGGAGCACUGGCACAGGCGCGCCGGCUUCUGAAACUGUCUGGGCCCUUCGCGCUGGGGGGCAUCGCACCUGCAGUCUGUCUCGAAGAAUCCAGCAGCUGCCAAGAGUUGGAGGCCACGAAGGCGCACAGGCUCUUUCUACACUCGGCUGAUGGCUUGCGGCCUGUCCUGGUCAUGCGCCCCUCGGCAGGUCAACCUAGCGCCCUGGUGGUAUUGCUCCAUGGGAACACCUGGUCGGCACGGAUGUUGGAGACGACAGUGCGCCGCCUUUCUGACUCAGUUCCUCACAUGCUGUUUGUGAUGCCCACCGCACCUACACGUGAUGGCUGGAGUGUUGGCCCCGCAUGGUUUGACCACACGCGGUCCGCUCGCAAAGCUGAAGCUCUUGAGGAAUGUCGGUCCGAAAUCCUGGCGCUGCUCAGCUCUCAAGGCCAUGAGUGGGGCAUCACGCCCGAGCGAGUGGUUCUCGCGGGCUUCUCCAUGGGCGGCACGCUGGCAGCCUGGACAGCGUUGCAGGUGCCACGACCCCUUGCCGGACUCUUGCUAUUUGGCACGGAAGGCCUCAGCUUCACAGGAGGCUGGGCGGCUCCGAAGACGCUGGAGGGUCCUGGCUCG